CUCGCGUUGAGACGCUGAUGCUCUGGAUAACAAGUAGUAUUGUCACAGAGACUGUGUAUACAAACCCUCAAAGAGACCCUUGUCACGCUUAAGGUCUUCCGAUCGCCUUCGGCUUCUCCAUCCCCGAAACGGACCACGAUUGGCGCCCCGUCGCCCCGCGCCGACAACGGAGUGAUCGUCCUCAUCCGCAUCAUUCCACUGUAUAUUCUGCACGGAUGGCUGCUAUACAAGAGUGACAGCGUUUCCCUAUUGACGGUGUGAUAGCUGUCUAUAUUGGAUUUGGACUUUCAAUAGUUCUUCUGCUCCAGACUGAGUCUACCAUCUCUGGGGCUGGCUCGAGCCGAGCGCGUCCUCCUUUUCCCUUCUCUUUGAUGGCAUAAUGGUGGUAUUUGUCGAUUAUGACCAUGAUGUCUUCCCCGGAGCCCGUGAUGGCACCUAUCAGGCGUACCUUCAGCCAGAUAAGCCUGCGCUGUCGAAGUUAAAGGCUAUUGGCUCUGAUCCGCCAACUCUUCCUGACAAUGAUCAUUCUGCUGGUUCGAUGCACGAUCAUACAAAAAAUGACGGCCCUCAUGAGAUGCUGAAUCGUAAUGGGUUUUCAGCUGCUUUGAGUUGCUAUCCAAUCGUCAAGGAAAUCGCCCAACAAGUCGAUCUCAAUACACUCUAUGCCCUCUCCCGAACUUGCCGUCAGUUCCAUGCAAAUCUAGCGCCAUAUCGCCAUCAGCUCGUGAAGCAGACCCUUCGUUGCGAGAACGAGUAUGUUGAAACUUUGUCGGAUCUCUUGGAUGGCAGGGCGGCUAUUCCUGACAGCGUGAGAUCUGUCCUCCGGCUUGUGAGUCAGGGAACCCUGACUGCCGGUAGACUGGUCAGGGGCAAGGUUGGUAGAUGUGCUCGGGACAUGGUAGCGGAAUGUCGGAGAUGCUCCAGGAUCAUAUGCAGGAAUUGCACCAUCAAAACCCCUCCCAGAAAUAUUCUCAAAGAUCGCGUUCGUCGCCUGUGUACCACCUGCCGUACAGCACCCUUGGCCGCCCAUCUUACCCGGAGCCCUUCUAGUACAACUACUUCUGAAACCCAGGUGCCGCCAGACCUUUCCAGUUUCACGGCAUCAGCUUUUAUACAUUCACCAUGCUCGUGCGAAGAUCUGGUAUGGCUCUGUCAUCCAUGCGGAAAGACCCUGCGCAGUAGCGACACUACUUACCGCCGUGUGUGGACUUGGCGCACUCGGUAUAGCACAUAUCUUGGCGGCCUAGGCACCGGGAUUGGUGAGGGAUGUCAAGGGGUGAAAUGCGGGAGGGAAGAGGAUUGCUUAGCUGCUCAAGAGAUUGAGCUGGAGGUGGAGUGUGAGGCAGACGAGUCGUCGCCCUCAGGAAGUCCGCACAACCAUCAUCAGGGCAAUGCGCGCGCACACGGUCACCUCAGUCCGCAGGAUGAACUUCUCCGGGAUCGGUCAUUGGAAAGAAGUAACAGUCGUGAUGAAGAAAAGCCGGGGUACUUCAGACAGGAAAUCAUUGGGAUAGGCGGACGAGUCAAGCAAAAAGCGAAGAAGCGCGUCACUAUCGGUGCUUGUGUUGUGGAGUAUGAGGAUGAGCGUGAUACCGGUCAAUAUUUGACUCGAGAAGAGCAGGGAUUGAAUCGGAGCUGGUGCGGCUGGUGCUGCAGGGUUAUCCCAUCCAAGGAUGACCUCGCUUCUAUACAGUGAUGCAUAGCAAGUCUUAACAUAUAUCAGCCGGAGUAUAUAGGGAUAGUGCAGUAUGGGCACUGGAACAUAGUGAC